AACACUGUCACUUGCGAGACAACGAUUCUUCUGGAUUGGAAUGAAAAAAGAUAUUGAUGAUUAUGUAAAGAAUUGUCAUCGAUGUGUGGUUGGUAAAACCUCGGAGCCCAAUGCUUGUGCCCCAUUAGGGAGCAUCCGAACUUCAGAACCGCUUGAGCUGGUUUGCAUCGACUUUUGGUCAGCAGAAGUCAAAGAAGGAAAGUCGGUAGACGUACUAGUUGUGACAGAUCAUUUUACAAAAAUGGCCCAUGCAUUUCCAUGCCAAAAUCAGUCUGCCAAACAGGUUGCAAAAAGACUCUGGAAUGACUUCUUUCUGGUCUAUGGAUUCCCCAAGAGAAUUCAUUCCGACCAGGGGGCUAAUUUUGAGAGCAAGCUUAUCAAGGAACUAUUGACCAUGGCGGGUGUAGACAAAUCGCACACAACACCAUACCACCCCAUGGGUAACGGCAUUGCUGAGAGGUUCAAUAGGACUCUUGGAAGCAUGAUCAGGACAUUGCCCCCUAAAGUUAAAUCAAAAUGGCCACAGAUGCUACAGCAACUUACCUUCUGUUACAACUGCACAGAACAUGAGACAACAGGUUUUGCGCCAUUCUUUCUUAUGUUUGGCAGAGUUCCUCGUCUCCCAAUUGAUGUCCUGUUUCAAAAUGUGCUUCUUAAUGAAGAUGUGGUGGAUUACAAAGAUUUUGUGUCCAAGCUGAAGAAAGACUUGCGUGAAGCCGCUCACAUAGCAAGAAUGCACACUCUAAAAGAACAGAAACGACAUGGCAGACUUUACAACAGAAAGGUGAAAGGCUGUUCACUGGCUGUUGGAGACAGAGUCUUGGUUGCGAACAGAGGCGAAAAAGGUAGAAGAAAAGUUUCUGACAAAUGGGAGUCAUCUCCAUAUGAAGUCAUGGCGGUGUAUCCUGAUAUCAAUGUUUACAGGAUUCGGGAAAUCAACUCUGACAAAGUGAGGGUAGUCCAUAGAAAUCUUUUGUUAUCUGUGGACUUCCUGCCAGUUGAUGAACAUCAGGAAUCAGAUCAAAAUGAUGACGUGAAUGUUGAAAUUGAUCUCCAGGAAAACAAAGUUGAUCGUGAUGACAGAACUGCAAACUGGAUAUUAAGUAACACUGAUGGUUUUGAUGAGGGGGAUGAAUGUACGAACUGUACAGACUUACCUGACAUGUCAGAUUGUGUGUCAGAGAGACUGUACUCGGCAAGCACUGAUACUGGGAACCUGCAGGACAGAACUGAUGCCAAAGUGACAAGUGAUGUGAAUGUGACAAGUGAUGUUGAUCUGCCUGACGUAGGAGGUCAAGACUCUAACUCAACUCAAGUCAAGGAUGAGGAGUCUGUGGUUUGCACACAACCAAGGCAGGUAGAGGCAGCAGUAACUCGAACUAGACUUGGCAGAGUCAUUAAGCCUACUAAAAGACUGAUUUAUGAAAUGAACAAACAACACAUAGACAGUUCAGACUCUACAGUGAGUUCUUUUGUUUAUCUAGUUAAAAACAUUUUUACUUAAGGUGUUACAUUUGAUUUCAUGCAAAGUUGAGCACAC